AGCAUGGUAGGAAUGGCGAGAUUUUGAUGUGCAACCCGAAAGGUGAUAGUCGCUUGCUCCCGCCCCCGCUUCGUCGUCCGGUCGAACGAAGAAACGGCGAGAAUGGCAUUUGUGCGUGAAAUUGUAUCAGUUUUUGUGUGAACAACUGCAAAUUUCUCACAGCAGCAACUUCACCCUCCGACCUUUAGUUCGCUGGUGUAAUUAUCCCUUCACAGUGUUAAACUAUGUGCCGUUUUAAAUAGUUUAGUGGCGAAGAAUUUUUGUGUGACUGGUUUGGGGUGGUAUCCCGUAGAUUUUGUUUCAUUGUGCUUAGCAAUAAUGGUCAGACUUCCCGCUAACAUCGUUGGAAUUUAAAACAUUCGUGCCCCAACCGGCAUGGAUGAAGGUUUACUCAACGAUCUCCUCGAGUGCUCCGUAUGUUUGGAGCGACUCGACACCUCGUCUCGGGUCUUGCCGUGCCAGCAUACCUUCUGCCUCAAAUGCUUGAAGGUGAUAAUAGAAUCUCACAAGGAGCUCCGAUGUCCAGAAUGCAGGGUCCUGGUGGAAGCGAAGGUGGAGGAGCUGCCUCCAAAUGUCCUCCUCAUGAGGAUCCUAGAGGGCAUGAAGAACUCCGCCCCGAGGAAAAUGGUAACUGGACAACGGACUUCGAGAAGCGGUGGACAUUCACAGGCUCUACAAGGCGUUCAAGGCGGUAAGCAGUUGCCGCCACACGCGAGGGCCCUCUACGACUUUAUAUCGAAGGAGCCCGGGGACCUCUCGUUCAAGAAGGGUGAAACAAUAUUGAUACAGAAGAAAUUGGACCCGUUUUGGUAUCAGGGAGAAUGUUCCGGCCGAACUGGCAUGUUCCCCAUCACUUAUGUACAGGUGGUAGUACCUCUCCCAGUGGCUACAGCGUUAUGCAAAGCGUUGUACGACUUCCGUAUGUCCGCCCCCGACGAAGAAGGAUGUUUGGCGUUUGACAAGGGAGCAAUUAUAACGGUGCAUCGUCGUGUCGACGACAACUGGGCGGAGGGUCGGUUGGACCAACGCGUCGGCAUCUUCCCCAUCGCUUUCGUGGAGCUCAACCAAGCGGCUAGGCAGCUCAUGAACAGUGUACCGUUGAACCGACCGGUGCCGCCCAUACCCGAACACUCCCGACCUUCGCACUCGGAACACAGGCAUCAUGCACAGCAACACUCGCACCGUUACCAACCGAUGUCUAUGUCUACCCCCUCCACCGUGCAGAGUAACUACCAAAACAUGGCCGCCAUGAGUCAGUCGCAUCCCAACUACCAUCCCGCGCAGACGCAGCCGCAGAUACUGCUGCCCCAGCCCAUCAACCAGCACGUCACCGUCUCCCACGGAGGCCUCGUCACCACCACCGCCGUACCCAGAAACAUCAUGGAGCCACAAACCAAACACUCGCUAGACCUCAUACAAUUCACUAACAUGCACAACAAAGGACAUCAAACUAUGGGUAUACAAAACGUAUCCAGAAUCGGAGAAAAUUACGACAGAUUACGAACAGUCAAAUACGACAGCUACAACUCAACGCCAGUACAUAAAGUCGAAACUACAUACCAAAAUGUGAGGACCCACGAACAUUUUCCUGUUUCCGUCGCCAAUUUCAAUACUAGUAAUGUCAGUUCGGAUUCUAGUUCGAGCAUGAACACGCCAUCUGUCGGCGUUAGUUCAACAACAACUCCAAACACAAGUUCCAAUACAAGUACCUGUGAAAGUGCUGAACCGAGCCUUCCCAGUUCUCCCGAUAACAAUACAGAGCGAAACGCAACCGUAAUCGCUUCUAAUACGACUCAAAAUCCCCCACAAAAUCAAAUCAAUCAAUCCCAAACAGAGGAAGAAACGAACAACGACGAGUCUCUUAACACUUCAAUGGGAGUGCUGAGUUUGAACGAAAGUUCUACGGCAACGAACACGUCUCUGAAUGUCAGUUUACCGCCGUCAGAGAGUCCAAAAUUGAACGCUUCGAGUGGAAGCAAUACGUGUCAAAACCAGGAAGAAAAUCAAGAAGCUGCAAGCAAUAAUGAUUCUAACAGACUGGAUGCUCCUUCGUCUAGUAAGAAUUUGCGUUCUAGUGGACCGGAGUCGUUGAAUUUCGGUUUAGGCUUGCAAGCGGCAUUGUCCCCUUCGCAUGGGAAGGAUGGGAACUACAUGGUGAAUAGAGCCCAUAGAGAACACCACCACAGAGAACGGGAAAAGAGACACAGCUUGACACCUUCCACGCAUUUACAAGGGAAUCAUAACACGCAAAAUAGGCACUCGGCAGAAAUCCUAGCAACCAGUUUGCUGGACUCGGGCCCGGCGGAGCGAGGCGAGCGGGCGGAGCGCGGCGAGCGGCGGCGGCGACGCUCGCGCAGCAACGAGCGGCCGCUGCCCGCUGCCUACGUCGCCAUCUACCCCUACAAGCCCUGCAAGCCCGACGAGCUCGAGCUCAAAAAAGGAGGUAUCUACACGGUGACGGAGCGGUGCCGCGACGGCUGGUACAAGGGCAGCUCGGAGCGGUCGCAGCGGGCCGGCGUGUUCCCCGGCAACUACGUCGCGCCCGCACACCAUCUGCGCCCUAAGCAUGACAAGGCGGCGCCGACGGCUGUGUCGACAGUGUCGGCAGUGGGUGCGGCGGGCGCCAGCAGCGCGGCGGCGGCCCCCGACGCGCCGCCCCGCGCGCGGGACGCCGCGCCCGCCACCUUGUUACUCGCUCAACCGCUCACCUACCCUUGGAGUUCGCCAGCACAGUCACAACAAAAUACACCCAGAUCUGAAAAGCCAAAAGAGAAAGCGAAAACGGAAAAGUCUUCAAUCUCAACGGGUGUGAGUUUGAUGAAACGUUUAGCUGCCAUGAAGAAAUGCAAGUCGCCGCCGCCGGCCGGCUAUAGUAUGGACAACCCGGUGUUCGAAGACGGGCCCGGGACAUCCCUCAUGCUGACCUUGAACACGCAGCAACAUCACCCUGUACAUGUCAGGUCGGGCUCGUGCCCGUCGCAGCUGCUCCGCGCCCUGCCGCCCGCCGCCCGCCCGCACUCCUCGCACAAGGAGCGAGCCGCACCGCCCGCCCUGCACGAACACCACCACCAUCUGCACAGAGCCGGCACGGAAAACCCUUGGCAGACCCAACACAGAAAAUCGCAGUCGCUAGACGUGACCGCUUCCAGGCGAGACAGACAUCAUACGCAACCGAACAAAGAGAGAUUCCGCUGUAUAGUACCCUAUCCGCCUAACUCGGAAUACGAGUUGGAACUCAAAGUGGAUGACAUAGUGAUUGUUUCGAAAAAGCGAGGCGAUGGCUGGUACAAAGGUACCCUACAAAGGACUGGUCGUACCGGCCUAUUUCCCGCUUCAUUUGUACAAAGCUGUCCGCCCGAAUGACAAAGGCCUACACCUUCGAGGUUCGGAACUCUAUUUUAGUACAUAAAAGUGAUGGGAACAGGUGAUUAAAGUAAUGGCCCAAUAUAUAGCUCCUAUAUUCUAAAACACGGCAUUAUUUUUUUAAUUGAGUGCUGAGAUCUGUGGGUUAACUUUGUCUAUGCGUAAAUUAUAUGUGGUCGUAUUACAUUGUGAAAUAUACUUGCUUGUUUUCAGUGAUCAAAUGUUGAAAUAAACAAUAUUCACCGUAAAACAAAAAUGAAUUAUUAAUAUUUUUUAACGAUUGCGUUUUUUAACUAAUAUGUAAACAUGUAUUAGACAAAUUAGCUUGCAAAUUCACUCAGCACUUGAUUUCCUAUAUACAUUACUUAUUUAUAUAUAUUUUUUGAAGUAUCAUUUUCAAUUUCAUGAAGAAUUUAUGUCUUAGUUUCUUUCAGUCUUACUGGUCUCAAAAUUCGGUCACAUUUUUUUUUUAUUUUAGGCAGCUAAAAGCUAUCGAAAAUAUCGAAUCUAGAUUUGUAUUAUAAAGAAACGAAACUAAGGGUACCUCUAAAAUUUUUCUUAAGUGGAAUGAAAUAAAUUUUGUUUUAAAGGUAAAUACAACUAUACGUUGUAUAGUAUGAAUUUUGUUAAGGGUUUUGAUACGAAUUACUUACAUUCAAUGUUUAAAUUUUCAAAAUGUCACAAAAUAAUAGUUUUUAAACAUAUUAAUGCCCAUAAGUAUGGCAGUUUUAGAAUAUUCUUCGUUUUUUUAUUAUUAAUCAACACAGAAUUUAAAAUUUCACAAUUAUUAUUAUAAUAGAUUUCUUCCUACAUAUUUAUGUCAAUAGAUAAGACGAACAUGUUAAAACGUAUGUGUUAAUACUCAUGAACCGUUUUUACUUUUAGUUAACAAUUUUUACAUUUUCGGUCUAGACCUAGUAUUUCUAAAAUCAUUGUGACUGAACCUAACUGCCGACUCUUUGUGUAAAUAUACUUCAAUUAUUAUUUAAAAUGUUAUUUUUUUUAAUCAAACAAUGUGGGCCAAAUAAAGAGUCCAUGAUAAAAAAAGUAUUUUUGUAGUAUUAAAAUAAAAAUGAUGAUAAUAUUAAAGUUGUGUGGCGUGUAUAUUCUGAUCUUAAUUUAGAUGUAUAGCUGUUGUUAGUGAAUUGGUGUUUGACAAUUAGAGACAUAAUAAACUUUAUGAUUAAAGUUAUUUUUGAUGACAAAUGAUUUUGUUAUUUUUAGUACAAGUUUGAUUUAUUUUUCGUGCAUCGGUUUAAUGAUUCAUAUUGUAUCAUGUUUUUUUUGUUGUUAAUUCAAUUUCUGUAGUAGAAAUGAACUUGCCACUUUUUUACUUUCUCAUGUCUCUAGUUAUAAAACACUCGUAGCUUUAAACACCCUCGCGUGCAUGGAAACUGCAUGGAAUAGUUUUACAAACAUACUUCAACUAGCCAUAAUAAUAUUGAAGGAAAUAUUAAAAAUACUAGUACCAGUAUACUUGCAAACAAAUUCAAUAUUUUGAGCUUAACACAACUUACCCUUAGUGAACUAAAAUAGUGUUAUUUUUAAAUAUAAUUUUACAAUUAAACUUUAGGAUUCAAUAUACGCUUACUAUUUUUUAACAACAUUAUAUUAUUUUUGUUUUAGGACACUGCCAUAUUAUCGUUUUCUAUAUCUUUGAUUUUCAUUUUGAUAUUAGUUUUAAGUACUAUACAUGACUUCAAGGAAUAGGGUAGUUACAUAUUUUAACUAAGAAAAUGUUUGAUUGAACUAUUUAUAUAGUAAAUAGUAAUUUAUAAAAAAUGUUUUACUUUGGGUUUUAAAUAAAAUUUUGAUGAAAUUAAGACUGUAUGAUACCUUAGUUUUUAGUAUGUAAUGUUGAUAGGUAUCAUCUGGUAAUAUUAUAAGUAUAUUUAACCAUUUUCGGAAAACUUGUUUUUGCUAAUAAGUUAUAAGAUAAAUAUUUGAAAAUGUUCGUUGUUGUACCCAUUUUUGUGGUCUGAUGUGUGUUAACUUAGUAAGAUGAAUUUUUACCUGAAUUUAUAUUCGUUCGAGAUUUAGCGAUGUUUGGUGUUGACAAAGAUGUUAUAUUUAUCAUCACUACAAGUUUACUGCAACUUAGAUAGAUAAAUUUUAUGCAGAAAUCUCUCGGAAUUGUUUUAGCCUAAUUGAAUUGUCUAACUAGAAUACAAAUUACCCAUUAUUUAAGAAAUAUUCCAAAUUCAAAAAGUUUUCAUAGAUAUUGUAGUAGCUGGAUUCCAAAUUCAAAUAAGCAUGGUAGUGUUUUUUUUUAAUUAUAAUUGUAAUUUUACCAUCAGUCCACGAUUGAAAUGGUGUAUAAAAAAGGUCUUGAUUUUUAUCUAUGGAACAACAGCUCAACUGCCCUCUGGGUGUAGUUUUAGCACUAGUUAAUAUAGGAACAAUUGUACAUUCGAUGUCUUCUAUCUAUUUGUAUAAAGAGAAGUGCAUGAAACAGGUAUAUUAGCCCUUUAGUUUAGGUAAACUCGUUUGUUUGAUAUUUUAAUACGAUAUAGGAGAUCGCACUGUUGAUUUGUAGCGAAUUGUUUUGUAGAUUUGUAUUACGACACGAUAUGAACAUUUUCGAAAAUAGUUUUACUUCUGAACUCUUUUUUAAAUGACUUUCUCGAACAUUCUUUUUGAAAUGUUUAUUGAAAACUGAAUUAUAAUUUAACAUAUACUCAGUUGUAAGCAUAUCUUCAUGGUGUCGUAAUAUAAAUUCUAAAUUAAGGAGUGUAAAUACACUAUUCCUAAAUAGUGAACAUUGAUUGUUCACGAAACUUGUUGUGAACUGAUUUAAAACGUAUUUAUUUUAUUUGAUAAUGUGUACUUUUAGUUGUAGUACCUUUUACAACGAAAUUUGUUCAAUGCUCUUCUCUGAAAGUGGGACACAAAUGUUGAUGCUCUAGGAAAAAUAUAUUUUAUUGAAGUGGCAGCAACAUUCGAUCAAUUUAUUGAAAAUUUUAAGUAAUUAUUUUUUUUACUGCCGAUGUCUUUCCUUGGUAUUUUUAUUGUAAUAUCAACUACUAAAUAGUGAACGAACAUACCUUAUUGGUUUGACAGUUGAGUUUAUGCGACGUACCCACCAAGUGACUAUUUGAUCAAAGUGGAGCAAUUUGUGUCCAUAUUGUUUUGUAUUGUGCGCUUCUAUUGUAAAUUUUAAGUGAAUCAUAUCGAAGUUAUAAUUAGGUGAUUUCGAAAAGAAUUAAAAUUUCUUCUUAACAA